UCCUUUUUCUGUUGGAAUAAUGACAUUGGAAGUCCCAGGUUUUGUGAAAGUAGUCUGUUGCUGCUGCACGCCUAUGCUGAAGAGGGCAGGAGGUGUUGGGGCUUGCGACUCAUAGAAUCACUUAGGCUGGGAAAGACCUUCAAGAUCAUCAAGUCCAACCAUUAAGCCAGCACUGCCAAGCCCACCACUAACCCACGCCUCGAAGUAUGACAUCUACACACUUUUUGAACGCGAUGGUGAUUCCACCGCGUCCCUGGGCAGCCCACUGCAGUGCUUGACCACCCUUGUAGUGAAGAAUGUUUUCCUAAUAUCCAACCUAAAACUGCCCUGGCAUAACUUGAGGCCGUUCCCUCUUGUUCUGUUGCUUGUUACCUGGGAGAAGAGACCAACCCUUGCUGUCUGCAGCCUUCUUUCAGGUGUCCAGUGUGCAUUGUACACGGCCAGCUGUUAGAAGGAUUGAAAAAGAAGCCCUCUGAGCUCUGCGUAAUCAUCUGCUUUCCUAAACGAAGCCUCUAGAUACGGGCUGGGCCCAAAUGGUGGAAUAGUGACCUCUCUCAAUCUCUUUGCUACAAGGUUUGAUCAGGUGAUGAAGUUUAUUGAAAAAAGGCAAAACGCAUCAAAGUAUGUCAUUAUUGACACACCGGGGCAAAUUGAGGUGUUCACCUGGUCAGCAUCAGGAACCAUCAUAACUGAGGCCUUGGCUUCCUCUUUUCCUUCAGUGGUGGUUUAUGUGAUGGACACCUCUCGCAGUACUAACCCUGUCACCUUUAUGUCCAACAUGCUGUAUGCCUGCAGCAUCCUGUACAAGACAAAGCUACCUUUCAUUGUUGUCAUGAACAAAACUGACAUAAUUGACCACAGUUUUGCGGUAGAAUGGAUGCAGGACUUUGAGACUUUUCAGGAUGCCCUGAAUCAAGAGACAUCCUAUGUCAGUAACCUGACUCGUUCGAUGAGUUUAGUGUUGGAUGAAUUUUACAGUUCACUGAAGGUGGUCGGUGUUUCUGCCGUGCUCGGCACUGGACUGGAUGAUUUUUUUGUUCAGCUUUCUAAAGCUGUAGAUGAAUAUGAGAGAGAAUAUCGUCCAGAAUAUGAGCGCCUAAGGAAAACACUGGAGAAAGCUCAAAAUAAACAGAAGAGAGAGCAGCUGGAGCACUUGUGGAAGGACAUGGGCAGUGUGUGUAUGCAGGACAACACACUCGCAGGGUCUGACGAUGCUUCUGCAAUGGGUCCCUCUGAGCUGAUCCUAACACGAGGAACCCUUGAUGAAGAAGACGAGGGGGAGAGCGAUACCGAUGACAUUGACCGUGAAGUUACUGAGGAGAGUCAUGAAGAACCAGCCUUCAGAAACUUUAUGCAAGAGACGCGGAUGAAAUACCAGAGAAGCAGCAAGGCGAAUGAGUGAGACCUUCAGAAGCAGGGGGUUCGGAAUCCCUUGUAAUGGACUUACAAGUAAAAGAACAGUGUAAAGGAACUUGCGUGGGACCACGCAUGGAGUCAUCUAUCUGUGAACAGCUUCCUCUGAUGUAUUUAUAUCUUUCUUCCCGUGUUGGUCGUAUGAGUUGAACGUCUUGUAUCCAACUGACUGCACCUUUGGCCACGUGCCAGUGUGACUUCCUGAAUACGAAGGAACCAGACAGGCGCUUCCUUUUGCUCCAAAUCCUUCACCUGUGCCUGUUGAGAGCCUGGAUUUUGAGCUCUGGCAGCAUCAGCAUCUGUAGAGCACUUCCUGGUCUCCAAACGUGCAUUCUGUUCACCUUGUGCAGACAGGUGUCUGCUGCAGCCAGGACACAAGCGAACUCUCUGCUGCAUGAAACUUCAUCAAUCUAGUGUUUGGUGUCUUGGUUUUAAUUAAAUAUAUUUUAUGUACUAACAAA